GCAUUCCUUAGCAACUCUGUAAACAGAUUUUAUCAUACUAAGAAAGGAUUGUAUUAUUUUGUUGAAUCCUCAAGAUGCCAGGUAUUGGCAGAAGACCGUCUGCACCUAGGAUUGUUGCAUUGACUCCUGAUGCGAUAGGAGAUCCAACUUGCAUAACAAAUGCAACAUAUAUAGAUAUUUCAACUGACACUCCGCAAUGUCGAAUGUUUUUUACGACCGACGAAUCAAUUCCCGACCCGUUAUCAACAACUCCCGGAAGGGGAGUAACAUUCCAAUAUAAAGGUAGAUUCACGUUAAAACCAGGGGAGCGAACAAUUAAAGCUGUUGCUUUACAUAAAAUCUCCAGCGAAGUAAGUAAAAUUAGUAUGAAGACUUUUGUAGUUCAAAGGAUGGACGAUGAAGAGUUAGAUGAUAUUGAAGAAUCGAGUAAUCUAUAUUCUUCUGAAAUUUCUCACACGGAUAAUGACGAUGUCGACUCUUUCGAUUCGGAGUUAGAUUAUUAUUUUGCACAAAGUUCCAGACCAAAAUAUCAAAUGCCGUCAAUGCGAAGUAGCACUUUCACUCCAACGAUGGUCGACUUCGGUAGCGAUGAAGAUAACUAUUUUUUAUCUAGAAAGGAUGAAUAUCAAGAUUUACCAGCUCGUCUGUCUCAUGAUUCUCGUUUCAGUCAAAGGUACGAUAGUCACUACGAGCCUCCAGUUGUUUGGGAAGGACCAAAGGAAAAUGAAAAGAGAUACGAUGAAAAGUUUGAAGAUGUUGAAGAAUCUUCAGAGUUUUUAACCGAUUUGGAUGACAUAAGGUCAAGAUAUAGUAAUACAUCUUACAGAAGUCAGUCUCCCCGCCCAUCAUUGUCCACAGACGUACUCUUGAAAACUCCCCGAACUUAUAGAAAGCCAGAUUCACCUCUCUUGGAACCUAAAAAGUCCGACAAUCUACCUCUUCAAAAACCAUCCUUAUCUAAUAGAUUGAGCCGUUUUGAUCCAAAAAAAAAUGAGGAUGAGCUUGAAACGAGAACUGAUCAUUCUAAACAAGUGUUAGAAGAUAGUAAGCCUACAAUGAAAUUUGUCAAUAAAUCAGGAACACAGAUUAACUUCUGGGGAGUAGAAAAUGCUGAACGAAUUAUCCAAGAACUUAAUUUAAAGUCAGCAACACCUAAAAAACCAACUUCUAACAGAUUACUGUCUUCCAAAAACGAUGAAAGAAGCGUUAGAUUCGAAAAAGUACCUGAAGUUAAACGUUCAAUAGCAAUGAAUGACCCAAUACAGAAAGAAGAAUGUCAUGAACAACAAUUACCAUCUUUCCUUAGAAAGCUAUUUGGUUUAAGCGAUUCGGAAGAAGACGCCGAAGAUGAUAGAAAAAGGCGUAAAAAAAGGAAGAAUGAUAAGAAGAAACAAUCAAAGAAAAGAUCAAAUGAAAGUGAGCAAAAUUUUAAAGUUUUGAAGAAUGAUUGCCAUAAAAACAAUGAAUUGUGGAGAGACGCAAGUUUUCCUCCUACAGCAGAUUCACUAUAUCAUUCAGGUUCCGGUAGACACUUGGAGUGGAAAAGACCAAGAGAAUUAUGUAGAGAUCCACGCUUUAUCUCUGAAGGAGUAUCAAGAUUCGAUGUGAAGCAAGGCUCUCUCGGAGAUUGUUGGCUUCUGGCAGCGCUUUCAAGUGUGGCGAAUCAGAGGAGUCUUUUCGAUAGAGUUGUUCCUCCCAAUCAAAAUUUCCAUUCCAACUAUUCAGGAAUAUUCCGUUUUAAUGUUUGGCAAUAUGGUAAAUGGGUAGAAAUUUGCGUUGAUGAUAAAUUACCUGUUUAUCAGAAUAGAUUGAUUUACAUGCAUUCAUCAUCCGAAGAUGAAUUUUGGUCAGCUCUCGUAGAAAAGGCUUUUGCCAAGAUAUACGGCUGUUACGAAUCGUUAACUGGAGGUCAGAGUAGCGAUGCAAUGACCGAUCUUACAGGAGGAGUCGUUGAAAGAUUCAAUCUCAAGUCUAAAAUACCAGAUGACUUGUUCUACAUAAUGUUCAAAUCAAUUGAACACGGAUCUUUACUCGGCUGUUCAAUAGAUGCAAAUCCUGAUGUUGUUGAGGAAAAAUUGGAAAACGGUUUGUUAAAGGGACAUGCCUAUUCGAUUACUGAUGUUAAACAGCUUGAAAGUUCAGAUGGUAAUCUUAACUUGGUUAGAAUUCGAAAUCCAUGGGGCAAUGAGUUCGAAUGGAAAGGUGAAUGGAGCGAUCAAUCACGUCAAUGGAACUCCAUUGAACCCCGUCAAAGGCAGGAAUUGGGUCUUACCUUUGAAGCCGAUGGGGAAUUUUGGAUGUCUUACAAGGAUUUCAUUUCUAACUUUGAACGAUUAGAAAUCUGUCACUGGAAUAUUGGUGAUAUAAUGGAUACUAAUGAAAAAAUGAAAUGGAACUCAGUUUCUAUACAUUCUGCCUGGAAGAAAGGAGUUUCGGCCGGAGGAUGUAGGAAUUUUAAAAAAACUUAUCAUAUAAAUCCCCAAUUUCGAAUUCAAGUGGAGGAUGCUGACGAUGACGACGAAUUAGGAACAAUUAUCGUUUCGUUAACUCAAAUAUGUAAUUCAAAACAGUCAAACGAGACUGGAGGUAAUAUAACUAUAGGAUAUGAAAUAUUCAAGGCACCGGAUUAUUGUGGAACGUUGAAAAAGGAUUUUUUUUCAAACAAUAGGCCUGUUGUUACGUCGUCCUAUAUAAAUUUAAGAGAUGUUUGUCAAAGGCAUUUAUUAGAACCAGGAGAAUAUAUUGUUAUUCCGUCAACAUUCGAACCUAAUCAAGAAAGGAAAUUCCUUUUAAGAGUCUUUUCUGAAAAACCGUCAAGUGUGAAACCAUCCGAUAUGCCAACAACGUCAUUUUCUUCUCCAGAUGUAUCUGGACCACUAACAGCAGCCGUUAGGCGCCAGGCCGAAGCCGAAUUCAAGAAAUAUGCUCAAGACGAUGACCAAAUUGACGCUUUUGAACUUAAGAAACUACUCAACAAAACUUUUGUUAAACACAAGAAAAUGCCAGAUUUUGAUACUGAGAUUUGUAAAUCCUUAAUCGCUUUGAAAGACACGGACAGCAAUUGGACGUUAAAUAUCAACGAAUUCCAAGAAUUAUGGGUACUUUUAGACAAUUGGAAGACAAACUUUGAUAAAUUCGAUAUUGAUAAGAGCGACUAUUUUGAUAAUUACGAAUUAAGGGAAGCGUUGCAAUCAAGUGGUUAUUGCCUAAGUAAUCGGGUAUAUGAGGAUAUUGUUAAGAAAUUUGCGGACGAAAAAGGGCGUAUUUAUUUCUCCAGCUAUGCUCACUGUUUGAUCAAGCUUCAAAUAGCAUUCGAAUGUUUUGAAGCGAACAAAAACGAAAAUGACGAACCAACAAUGCCUUUACAGGAGUAUGUUGACUUAGCGUUAUCUACUUGAAAGCUUCUUUUUCUAAUUGUUGUGUUGAAUAUUCUACAACUACUAAUUAAAAACUUCUACCAAGACUCUUUCCAAUUGCUCAUUUUUUUCAUCUAUAAAUUAAUAAAUUAUAAAUAAAUGAAUAAAAAUUACCUUUA